GCCGCGAACGAUACCAUUCCCAGCUCCUAUUUUCCACAAUCUUUCUUUGCAACUGUAAAACCCCUUGUAUCGAUCCGCUGAAGCUGAAAAUUUUUCGAAAAUUUGCCCUAGAUUUCUUCUCUGGGAUUAGGGUUUUGUUGUAAAUCAGAAAUAAUAGGAGGGGACAAUGGCUCAAGUCGUUGAAGAAUGGUACAAGCAGAUGCCAAUCAUCACCCGCUCUUAUCUCACCGCCGCAAUCGUCACCACCAUCGGUUGCUCUCUCGACAUCAUAUCUCCUUAUAAUUUGUACUUGAACCCUAAACUUGUGGUUAAGCAGUAUGAAGUAUGGCGCCUUAUCACCAAUUUCCUGUACUUCCGGAAAAUGGAUUUGGACUUUCUGUUCCACAUGUUCUUUCUUGCUCGAUACUGCAAACUUCUUGAAGAGAACUCUUUCAGGGGAAGGACCGCCGAUUUCUUUUACAUGCUCUUAUUUGGUGCCACUGUUUUAACGGGGAUUGUUCUCAUUGGGGGGAUGAUACCAUAUGUAUCAGAGUCAUUCGCAAAAAUUAUAUUCCUGAGCAAUUCAUUGACAUUCAUGAUGGUUUAUGUGUGGAGCAAGCAAAAUCCUUUUAUCCAUAUGAGUUUCUUGGGCCUCUUUACCUUCACAGCAGCCUACCUUCCAUGGGUUCUUUUGGGGUUCUCUGUCCUUGUUGGUGCCAGUGCUUGGGUUGAUUUGUUGGGUAUGAUUGCUGGUCAUGCCUACUAUUUUCUUGAAGAUGUGUAUCCGCGAAUGACAGGUCGUCGGCCCCUAAGAACUCCACAGUUCAUUAAAGCAAUGUUUGCAGAUGAGGCCAUCGUCGUUCCGCGGAAUCCAAACAUGAGAUUCGCGCCCCCAGUUGCAGAGGGAGCUCACCAAGACUAAUCAGCACCACCAUGGUGGGGAAGGGCUUGGGCUUUUCCCUAUAUUGCUCUACCUCUGAAAACAGCUGGAGGGCCAAACUCUGCGUGACUUUACCCUUUUUUCUUCUUAUGAAAGUAUAUACUCUCAACAGCAUAGCAAUCAUGGUCACAUUAUGAAGUCGUUAUGUGGUCGACUACAUAUCGGGUUAACUUAUAUGUGAUUAUGCUAUUCUAGGUGUGGGUUUGGAGAUGAGUUUUGUAAUUCAAUUCCCUUUUGACUGGCAGGUUUCUAGUUUGGUAUAUAGGAUGGCUUCUAUUCAAUUGUUAUGAAAAGAAACUUAGGCAAGCAUACCGCAGAAAUUCAUUUUCUUUGUC